AUGGAGUCUACGCAGCUUCAGCAGCAAGAACCUCAGCAAGGGCAGCGUCUUGCCAGCCCUUCACGCCAACCCUCGCUGUCUCCAGCCGAGGAGGAGGCUGUGGCUGGACUUGCACGCAUGAAUAAGCGAAUUCGCGAGAAUCCAAUCAUCGCCGACGACGACCCUAUCGAGGAGCGUGGUGUGAAACGGCGGCAGACUUUGGAUUCUCGUGAUGGUGCUGAGGCAACCACCGAGACAGUUGUUGAAGCGCCAGUUGAAGCGCCAGUUGAAGCGUCAGUCAUAGCAUCAAUUGAAGAUGAGCCUUCUGGGACCCCUCUUGAGGUGGCUUCUUCGGAGACUAGUGAGCAGAUAGAAGGGUUGACCAAUGAGGAGACUACUCAGGCCAUUCUUACUGCGGCCAAUGAUCUUGAAAGGGCCCGUCGAAGACGGGUGCUGGCCGCCUAUAUUGAACAAAAUAACACUCGCGAAACCAGCUAUGAUGGUGCAAGCACUUGGAAUAGUAGUCUUCGAGAACCAAGCGCCCGAGGAGCCAGCAAUGGCAAUCCAAGCACCCGUCAAACAAGUCUUCAGCCAGAAGAAGACAAUGGAGAAACAGAUAGCCAAGAAGACACAGAAUUCGAUCCUUCUUCUUGGAGACCUAUGGCUAGCAGAGACUCGCCAGAUCGUCCUCUAUACUUAUACCCUGUCUCUGAAGCCGACAGCGAAUGCUAUGCGCUUCCCAAGUCGAUGUGGCCAGUAGAGCACAAGACUGAUCCAUUCCGGGAUCCCUCAUGGGAACAUGAAUUUCAGCGAUUUGGAACAUUUUUACACGAGCAUCCUCUGGGUCUUUGCCAGGAAAGCGAGGCUCUCUGUAAAAGGUUGCUUGAAGGCGAACAACCGCUCCCCGAAAAAUCUUUGUUUGACGACGACAUCAUCCGCGCAACGUGCGAGAUGAUCCAACAUCGAAAUGAGACCAUGGUAUUCCGCGACAUCACUCCUCUGAUUGCGCCGUCAGCUGAGCUUCUUGCUUUGCGCGGCGAAACUCAUAAGGAUUUGAUGUACGAAUCUACAAACGAGAUAUGGGCUCACUCUCAGCCGAUUCUUCGUGUUCAACCGCAGCCGACGUACGCAGUUGGAUUCCGAGGUCCAGCGUUUACAACAGAACGAUACCAGAAGAUUUACACACUCUUCGAGGACCGCUGCACGGAUGAAUCAUCUCCUGUCGCGAGCACACCAUUCAUGUUCUUCCCUUUUUUUUCGUGUGAAAUUGGAUCGCUCUCAAUGGCCCAGCGCCAGAACACACACAGCAUGUCCAUUGGCAUGAACGGAGUUGUUGAACUCUUCCGCGGCGUCAAGCGUGAAGCAGAACUGGAUCGUCAGGUCUUGGCCUUCUCCAUUGCGCACAGCCAUCACGAAGUGCAGAUUGUUGCGCAUUACCCGGUCAUCCUCGGGGAAUAUACAAGCUACUUCCAGAAGGUUCUCUAUUCGUUUGACUUUGCCGAUCCUGCUUGUGUCGAUAAGUGGGCUGCGUACCGCUUUACCAGAAACCUCUACGAUCACUGGAUGCCGAUCCAUUACAGGCGGGUCUGUUCUGCCAUUGAUGAUAUACCUCACACUGUCACCGAUGAGAUGUAA